AUAACCAAAGUCAGCUAUUAGAGCUCCCAAGUCCCAAUCAUGGCUUUAAUAUGGACUACACUUAUACUAGCUCUAGUCAUAUACAUGUUCCAUAAGUUGCUAAACAUCAAAAACAGGAAAAAACUUCCACCAGGUCCAAUAGGAAUUCCAAUUUUGGGACACCUCCACUUAAUAGGUAAAAAUGCACACCAAGAUUUGUACAAAUUAGCCAAGAAAUAUGGCCCUUUUAUGUACUUGCGACUUGGGUUGGUACCAACAAUUAUUGUUUCUUCCCCUGAGACAGUUGAAAAAGUCCUCAAGACUUAUGAUCAUGUAUUUGCUAGUAGACCUCAUAACGAGGCCUCUCAAUAUAUAAGUUAUGGCCAAAGAAACUUGAUUUUCUCCAAAUAUGGAUCUUAUUGGAGGAACAUGAGAAAAUUAUGUACUUUGCAACUUCUGACUAGUCAAAAGGUUAAUUCAUAUCAAUCUUCAAGAAAGGAAGAAGUUUACAUUUUGGUUAAAUCAAUCAAACAGGCUGCUCAAGAUGGUGUUGCUGUUGAUCUUAGUGCUAAAGUUUCAUCCUUGAAUGCAAACUUGAGUUGUUUAAUGGUUUUUGGUAAAAAGUUUAUGGAUGAAGAUUUGGACAAAAGGGGUUUUAAAUCUAUAGUUCAAGAAGUUGCACAUCUAGCUGUAACACCAAAUCUUGGUGAUUUCUUUCCUUAUCUUGGUGUUUUAGACCUUCAGGGACUUACUGGUAGGCUAAAGGCUCUUUCAAAGUUUUUUGAUGAGUUUCUUGAGAAGAUUAUUGAAGAACAUGUUCAGUCUAAGGAACAGAGGGAAACUGAGGAUUUUGUAGAUACCAUGAUGGCCAUUAUGCAAUCUGGUGAAGCUGGAUUCGAGUUUGAUCGUCGCCAUGUCAAAGCUAUUCUAUUGGACAUGCUUACGGCGUCAAUGGACACUUCAGCAACAUCAGUAGAAUGGAUACUCAGUGAGCUACUUCGGCAUCCUCAAGUGAUGAAGAAACUACAAAAAGAGUUAGAAGAAGUUGUAGGCCUGGACAGAAUGGUAGAAGAAUCAGAUUUAGAGAAUUUAAAGUACUUAGACAUGGUAAUAAAAGAAGCCCUGAGGCUGCAUUCAGUUGCACCAUUACUGAAUCAUGAGUCCAUAGAAGACUGCGUGGUCGAUGGCUUCUUCGUACAAAAGGGAUCGCGAAUCAUUGUGAACGUAUAUGCAGCUCAAAGGGAUUCUAAUGCCUGGCCUGAACCAGACAAGUUUUUCCCAGAAAGAUUUGUUGAGAGUAAUGUAGAUCUUCGUGGACACGACUUUCAACUUCUACCAUUUGGCUCUGGUAGAAGAAGUUGUCCUGGUAUGCAGUUGGGGAUCAUAAUUGUUCGCCUUGUGGUCGCGCAAUUGGUGCACUGCUUUGAUUGGGAACUUCCAAAUGGUAUGCAGCCUAGUGAAUUGGACAUGAGUGAGCAAUUUGGGUUAGUGACUUAUAGAGCCAAGCAUCUGAUGGCAGUUCCUACAUAUAGACUUCACUAUAACUGAUUUAAGUAAUCCUUUUCUAUUACAUGUUAAAUAAGGCAUCCUUUCAAGCAUGUUUGGCUGCUGUUUGGAUGCUGUUAUACGGAUAACUAUAAUACUUAUUAUAUGCAGUCAAUUUGGUUGCUGUUUGGAUGUUAUUACAUGUUAAAUAAGGCAUUCUUUCAAGCAAAUGUUAGUGAUUGCUGUUUGGCUGUUUU